UUCCAUAUCCUCCUCGUGUUUAUCUACCCCGCCAUUUCUUUCCAUCCAGUCCUGCCUCCGGCGUGCUUUGCUAAUUUGCUUUCUCUCAGUCGGAGACUGCAGCAGGGACAGAGAGAAGAAAGCACAGUGAGACCUUCUCGAAGAAUGGGUUUCAUUCUUUGCCAUUAUCUCCUCUUUCUUCUUCUUCUACUACUUCUAUCAUUUUGUCACCUUGAAGUUGUUCGUGGAAAUGCGGAGCUGGAGGCGCUGAUGGAAGUGAAGGCUGCUCUCGACCCAGAAGGACGAUUCCUCUCUUCAUGGGCAGUCGGAGAAGCACCAUGCGCGGGGACCUUUGUUGGUGUGGCGUGCAACGAGCGCGGACAAGUGGCGAAUAUUUCGCUGCAGGGGAAAGGGCUCUCGGGCUCUAUCUCUCCGGCGGUGGCGAGGCUUAAGAGCCUCUCGGGUCUCUAUCUCCACUACAAUGCUAUUUCAGGGAGUGUACCUAAAGAGAUCUCGAGUCUCACGCAACUUUCUGAUCUUUACCUUAACGUUAACAAUCUGUCCGGGAACAUUCCUGAGGAAAUCGGUGGCAUGAUCAACCUCCAAGUUUUGCAGUUGGGCUAUAACCAACUGACAGGUAGUAUACCAAUACAGCUAGGUCUUUUGAAAAAGCUUACAGUUAUCUCCUUGCAAUAUAAUCGCUUAAAUGGAGCAAUUCCAGCAAGCUUAGGGGAUUUAGCUCAGUUAAGUUGGAUGGACUUGAGCUUUAACCAGCUGUUUGGUUCGAUCCCAGUAAAGCUAUCCCAAAUAUCUCAGCUUUAUGUACUAGACCUUCGGAACAACUCCCUCUCAGGCAAUGUACCCUCAGAGCUGAAGAUAUUAAAUGAGCGAUUCAAGUAUGCGAAUAAUAGCGAUUUAUGUGGAGCUGGUUUUCCUUCGCUGAGGCUUUGCACUGCUGCUGAUAUCCUUAACCCCAAGAGAACUGAUGAGCCUUAUGGGCCUCAUUCUCCACAAGACAUUCCCCUUUCAGCUAAUAUCACCUCAGAAUGCAAUGGAAGCCUUUGCUCGAAAUCUUCUGAAUCCCCAAUAACUGCUUCUGUUAUUGGAGUAAUUGUCAUUCUUGUUACAGGGACUACACUAGGCCUCUUAGCCUUCACCAGCUGGUACCUUAAGCGGAGACAAAUUAACAAUAGUGGUUUACUACAAGGUUUUGAGUUAAAGAUUAACCAUGGCCAUCCGAAUGAAAUAUACCGGAGGCGUGCUUCCCCGCUUGCCAGCCUUGAGUAUUCCACUGGUUGGGAUCCUCUUGCUGAAGGCAGGUGUGGUGUUGGGUUCUCGAAGGAAGUUUCACAAGAUUUCAUAUUCAAUUUGGAGGAGAUUGAAUGUGCAACACAGUAUUUUUCGGAGGCCAAUUUGAUCAAAAAGAGUAAUUUUUCUGCAACUUAUAGAGGUCUCCUGCGAGAUGGAGCCAUGGUUGCGGUGAAGAGCAUUAGCAAGACUAGCUGCAAAUCUGAAGAAGCUGAAUUCUUGAAAGGUUUGAAGAUAUUGACAAAGCUGCAGCACGAGAAUCUUCUCCGUUUGAGGGGCUUUUGCUGCUCAAGAGCAAGAGGGGAGUGUUUCCUUGUUUAUGACUUCAUAUCCAAUGGAAAACUAUCACAGUACCUGGAUGUGAAGAGUGAAGAAAAUGGCUGGUUUCUUGACUGGCCAUCAAGAGUCACCAUUAUCAGAGGGAUUGCUAAAGGUAUUGAGUAUCUACACAGCAGCAGCGCAAAGGCAAACAAAUCCUCAAUGGUCCACCAAAACAUCUCAGCUGAUAAAAUUCUACUGGAUAACAAUUUCAAUCCUUACGUGACCGGCUGCGGCUUGUACAAACUACUUGCGGAUGAUGUCGUAUUCUCCACUCUCAAAGCUAAUGCUGCAAUGGGAUAUUUGGCACCGGAGUACACUGCAGAGGGCAGAUUAACAGAAAAGAGUGAUAUUUAUGCCUUUGGGAUGAUUGUGUUUCAAAUCCUCAUGGGAAAGAAGAGAGUUUCUCACUUAAAAUUUGUAGCUGAAGAUGAUACCAUUAAAGACAUCAUUGAUGAAAAGCUUAGAGGCAACUUCUCAAAACCAGAAGCAUCAAAGCUUGCUGAUAUUGCAUUGCUUUGCACAAGCGAUGUUCCAAGCCAAAGACCAACUAUGGAGACUGUCCUCAAAGAACUCACUUUUGCCAUGGGAUAGUUACUGUUUUACAGUCUUACUGACCAUUGACUCUGAAGCCAUGGUAUAUUGGUGGUCCUUCCAUUACAUUGGGAUUUGGGGCUUGUAUUGUAUUUUCAUGUCGCUUUUAGAACUUGACAUUUUCUGGAAGACAAGAAGCAGCAGCAUGUGAUUUCUUGGCUAUUGAUUGAAGAGAAAGAUGGCAAUAUUCUGCAGUAAAUUCCCUGUUGUUUUCAUUGAAAGUUGCCUUCAUAGAGGAAGAGCCAAAUACCAUGUGAUACUUCAUGCCUGUGUUUUCUUUUUGUUUGUUUCGCUGGUUUUUUUGUUUUUUCAAGUUUUUUGUGGUUGCUGGCAAAUAAUCAGUGCGCGGCAGUGACCCCCUCUGGGUUCCUGGCUGUAGAAGCACUAAGUACAUGCCAUGGAUUGUUAAGGGAGGGCGCGGUUUUAUCUAAAAACAAUUUUAUUUGAGUUCA